AUGACAGUUCUUCCUUCUUUUCUAGGGCAUCUUCCUGAGCCCCCUUUUCUGCAAGAUGUGGGGAUUUUUGAAGCGCCCCAUAGUGGUGACCGCUGACAUCAACUUGAACGUGGUGGCCCUGACUGGGAUGGGGUUGCUGAGCCGGCUGUGGCAACUCACCCACCCCCGGGCUGUGGUUUUUGAUGAAGUGUAUUAUGGGCAAUACAUCUCUUUCUACAUGAAACGGAUCUUCUUUUUGGAUGACAGUGGACCACCAUUUGGCCAUAUGCUGCUGGCUUUGGGAGGUUAUUUAGGAGGAUUUGACGGUAACUUUUUGUGGAACAGAAUUGGAGCAGAAUACAGUAGCAACGUGCCCGUGGGGUCCCUGCGCCUGUUGCCGGCACUCGCGGGGGCCUUGUUGGUCCCCAUGGCCUAUCAGAUCCUGUUGGAGCUCCACUUCUCGCACUGUGCUGCCAUGGGGGCUGCUCUCCUGGUGCUCAUUGAGAAUACUCUCAUCACCCAGUCAAGGCUGAUGCUUCUGGAGUCCAUGUUAAUAUUUUUUAAUCUGCUGGCUGUGUUGUCCUACCUGAAGUUUUACAACUGCCAGAAACACAGCCCUUUCUCUCUGAGAUGGUGGCUUUGGCUGACACUGACUGGGGUUGCUUGCUCCUGUGCCAUGGGCAUCAAGUACAUGGGUGUGUUCACGUACCUGCUGGUGCUCGGCGUGGCGGCUGUCCAUGCCUGGCACCUGAUUGGAGACCGGGUUUUGUCCAACGUCUGCGUGUUCUGCCACUUGCUCGCCAGGGCAGCGGCUUUGCUGGUCCUCCCGGCCAUCCUGUAUGUGCUGUUCUUCUAUGUCCACCUGGCUCUGCUCUACCGCUCUGGGCCUCACGACCAGGUCAUGUCCAGUGCCUUCCAGGCCAGCUUGGAGGGGGGACUGGCUCGGAUCACCCAAGGCCAGCCGCUGCAGGUGGCUUUUGGGUCCCAGGUCACCCUGAGGAACGUCUUUGGCAAGCCCUUGCCCUGCUGGCUCCAUUCCCACCAGAGCACCUACCCCAUGAUAUAUGAGAAUGGCCGGGGCAGCUCCCACCAGCAGCAAGUGACCUGCUACCCCUUCAAAGAUAUCAACAACUGGUGGAUCGUAAAGGAUCCUGGGAGGCAUCAGCAGGUAGUGAGCAACCCCCCACGGCCUGUGCGGCAUGGAGAUGUGGUGCAGCUCGUCCACGGCAUGACCUCCCGCCUGCUCAACACGCAUGACGUCGCGGCCCCGCUGAGCCCCCACGCACAGGAGGUCUCCUGCUACAUCGACUAUAACAUCUCAAUGCCCGCGCAGAGCCUCUGGAAACUGGACAUUGUAAACAGGGAAUCAGACACCGAAAUCUGGAAGACCAUCUUGUCAGAGGUCCGCUUUGUGCACGUGAAUACAUCAGCCAUCUUGAAGCUGAGUGGGACGCACCUCCCCGACUGGGGCUUUCGGCAGCUGGAGGUGGUCGGGGAGAAGCUGUCGCGGGGCUAUCAUGGGAGCGGGGCGUGGAACGUGGAGGAACAUCGCUACGGCACGAGCCAGGAGCAGAAGGAGCGGGAGCUGGAGCUGCACUCGCCCACACAGGCUGACCUCAGCAGGAACCUCAGCUUCAUGGCCAGGUUCUCAGAGCUGCAGUGGAGGAUGCUGUCGCUGAGGAGUGAUGCCUCGGAGCACAAGUACAGCUCCACCCCGCUGGAGUGGGUCACCCUGGACACCAGCAUUGCCUACUGGCUGCACCCCAGGACCAGCGCCCAGAUCCACCUGCUUGGGAACGUGGUCAUCUGGGCUUCGGGCAGCCUGGCCACAGCCGUCUACGUCCUGCUGCUGCUGUGGUAUCUGCUCCGUCGGCGGAGACGCGUCUGUGACCUUCCCGAGGAGGCCUGGCUGCGCUGGCGAGCCGCCCGCGCCUGCAGGUCCGCGCUCCAGAGGAGCCUCUUCAGCGCCCUGGUGGUGGCCUGGUUCUCCUCUGCGUGCCACGUGUCCCACACGCUGCGCCCGCUCACCUACGGGGACAAGUCGCUCUCACCAGACGAACUCCGAGCCCUUCGCUGGAAAGCCAGCUGGGACAUCCUGAUCCGCAAGCACUAGGCCCCGGCGGAGCGCGUCGGCGCCAGGGUCGGACGAGGGGGUCUCUCGGGAGCGUGGUUGACGGCCGGGCCCCUGAGCUGGGCAGACGCGGCCGGCCCGGCAGGGACUCCGCUGGCGCCCGCUGUGGCUUGCUCGGACGGGCGCUCGUGGCCGCCUGGUCGUUCCGGACAGGGAGGAACACGCGCCCCCACGUCCUCGCCUCCUGGGGCCCCUCAGCAGCCGGUGCCGGACCCAGCGACGAGGAGAGCCGAGUGUGGACCCAGGGUGGAGCGAGGGGCCGCUGACCUGACCGCGGCCCGGUCCCUGCCGACGGCGUGGGCCGGGCGUGACUCGGGCCCGAUCUUCCCCACGAACACCCGCAGUCUGGGCAGGCUCCAGCCCUGCACUCGGCGAGGCGCGAGGCUCGGAGUCCCCCGCUCCAGCGUCGCACAAGCCGUCGAGUGAGCCUGGCGCGAGGCCUCCGCGGACUUCUGAUCCCGACUCUGGCACUGGCACCGGCGCGCGUUUUCCGAUCCCACGUGGACUCUGCUGAGGGGCAAGUGCGACAUCCUCCGCCUCCGUGGGCAAGGUUCGUGUCAACCACACCCUCCCUGGUCCUGAACUUGUCUUUUGUCACGUAAUUAAAGAAGAGACAAACAGGCAGCCAUA